AUCUUAGACUCUUCCUCACAGUAGCUUUGAGAGGCUGUUGAUGUGGGCCAGAGAGAGGAUCAAGCCUCCUCAAACUCACCUCUCAGAUUUUGAAGACAAAAGGAGGAAUCUCUCCAAUCUGUCACAGUCUCAAGCAUUUAUAUAAUCUAGAUUAUGGAUUUUUGUAAUAUACAACCCAUGAUACAAUGGAUGCAAACACCAGGGUCAAUACCCAAUUGUCCACCUGGACUGGAAUAUUUGACUCAGAUCAAUCACUUAUGUGUGUGUCAACGUUUUGAUCUUCUGGAAGUCCUCGGUCCUUUUGAAACUAACAAAACAUAUGAUGUCAUGAAUAAUCAAGGACAGAGAAUUUAUUUUGCAGAAGAGAAAAGUAAUUGUUUCCUCAGACACUUCUGUGGACCUUCAAGGCCUUUUACCAUGACAAUUUAUGAUAAUGUAGGAUGCGAUGUUAUUACUAUGCAUAAAGCUCUAAGAUGGAGCUAUUGCUGGAGUAACUGCUGCCUACAAAAGCUAAAAGUUGAGGCUCCUCCUGGAGGAAAAAUUGGAUAUGUUUAUCAAUACUAUCACCUGUUUUUACCAAUGUUUAAAAUAAAAAAUGAGAAUAAGGAGGAUUUAAUGAAAAUCAGAGGGCCAUGUGUGGUUUCUAGCUGUCUCAAAGAUCUAAAUUUUAAUUUUUUGUCCCUGGAUGAAGAAAUGGUUAUUGGUAAGAUUUCAAAUCAGUGGACUGGAUUUAUGAGGGAACGUUUUACCAAUGCUAAUAAAUUUGGGAUCCAGUUUCCUUUUGAUCUUGAUGUCAAAAUAAAAGCAUUGAUGCUCGGAGCAAGUUUCCUCAUUUGGACUACAUGUAUUUUGAACUCUGGUCAUAAGAAUCAGCCUGAAAGAUCAUGCCAGAGAUCACUGGCAUUAAGUUUUGCCAGCCCUCAGCAAAAUUAAACAAAUUUCACUCAGAAUAUCUAAAUAAAGUUUUGUUUCAC